AUGUCUCUUGAUCCGACUAAGCUUCCAGAUCCACCAAUGCCAUCCUAUACUUUUACUAUUUACCAUCGCGAUGUAUUUGAAAAAUCAAAGUUCAAGGACUACGACUCAUUACUUGAAAAUAGACUUGCUCGAAGUCAUGCUAGAGCAAGUUCAUUGGCAUCGAUUAUUGAAAAUGGCAAUGGAAUUGGUGAAAAUGAAACUCUGGCAAGGCAACACAACGCGCAAGGGAGCAAGAUUGACCGCGAAAAGGUUCCAAAAUCAACAAGUACAUACUUCGUAAAUGGUGAGUAUGUUGCAUCUUUUAGGCUUGGCAGUCAAGAAGUUAGAAAUUUCUUGCUAAUAGACACCGGAAGUGAUUUAGUUUGGUGGCAAUGUGGACCAUGUGAGCCAAAUAAGUGUUACAAACAAAAACUUCAGCCUUUAUAUGUUUCCACAGAGUCGAAAGUAUUCCGAAAGAUAGAUUGCUUUCUACAUGGAGAAAGAUGUUUAGAAGAUCUGGACCUAAGUUUUAAGUGUAUUAGUGAUCAUAGUUGUACCUAUGAUUUUAAAUACGCGGAUGGAUCAAGAACAAAAGGUUUUAUGGGAGAUGAUGUGAUUACUUUUGUUUUAGACCAAAGACCAGUUAGGAUUAUAUUUGGAUGUAGCAAAGAUCAAACAAGUGGAACUACUUUUAGUGGUGAAUAUUCUGGAAUUGCUGGCCUUGGGCGUAGAAAAAUCAUGGGUGGAUAUUCUUUACCAACACAAUUUGGAGCGGAUUUAAUGUCCAUGUGUCUCCCUGGAUUUUAUUCAGCAACAGGAUCUACACUUAACUUCCAUACAACCAAAUGGCCAAGAGCAACAUCAGCAAAACUAGUACCAAAUAUCAAGUAUCCUUCGUUUUAUUUUGUCAAUCUUUAUAAAGUUUUCAUUAAUGAUAGGGAAGUUGAACUGAGCCCAUCAUGGUGGAACUUUAAAAAAGAUUUGACCGGUGGGAUCUUUGUGGAUACAGGAACAACUAUUUCCUACUUUCCUCAGGAGUUUUACACUAUAUUUCGUUAUGUAUUUAGAGAAGAAGUACGAGAUAUUCCUAUGGUUGAUACUCCAGCAGGAUCUUUAGACACUUGCUAUAAAGAGGAUCCGAGUGGUCGUGGACUUAACUUUCCUGUUGUGAAGUUGUACUUUGGUAGCGUAAGCCCGAGUACCAUGUUGUUACUAGCAAAAGAACGAGUUAUUCUGCACUUUCGUGGACAAUAUUGUCUGGCUUUUUCGGGAUGGGAUAGAUCCUUCGCAAUAUUAGGAAGUAAUCAACUUCAAGGUGUAGGAUUAACUUUUGAUACUUCAGCAAACACUUUGUCCUUUGAUAUAGAUGCAUGUAAUUGA